AUGAGAGUUGAAGCGCUGACUACUAUCUCCCAGGGUUCCAAAGGUAAGGACGACCUGUCGUACUGGAACGACUUCGUCCACAGGUUCUUCUCCCCGCGAGGCAUGUUUCGAUACUCCAUUCAUGUGGUGGAUGGAGAAGAGCAAAAUGACAAGCAAUAUGAGAUAACCUUCCCGGCCCUCGCACGAUACUUCCACACGCACUUCGAUAGCGGGGUGAAGUAUAUGCAGUUGAUCCUAGACAAAGGCACCACAGACAGGCCUCUGCCAGGAGACUGUCACUUUAUUGAGAAUACCAAGUCCAGCCUUGUGUAUUGGUUCGAAGGCGGUUCACACCUGAUAGCAAAUGGUACCCUUCGGGCACAAUUCGAUGCUGAGCAGAAGAUUGAGCUUUUCGAGUUCCUCACGACUGGCCAUGAGGAGUACAUCUCGAGAAAGCUCGUCAUACAAGCCGCAAAGCCGGCGCAUAACUGGGUCAAGGACUGGCACAAGGUCAACUCUCAGGACACCAAGCAGUCGCCUGAAAUGAGCAAGAAGGGCAAAGCACGGCAGAUGAAGUCGCCACAGAACCCUCCGCCAGACCUAGAUCUGCCCCAGUCCAUGGUCAAGCAGAGUGUCGGUAUCACCGAAGCGGUUCAUCAGUUCCUCGAGAUCGUAGAAAUCAUGGGUCAGAUGAACCCCCUAUUUGGCUUCUAUCACAGCCACCCUGGCAUGGCUCCAUAUCAAGCUCUUGAUCAAUAUGUCGCCCAGAUCAACAACAUUCAACAAAUGAACGGACAAAUGAUGCAACAGGGAGGACCGCGCACACCUGGGUACGGCCAGUUCCCCAUGGUGGGUGCCAGCCCCAACGUUGCCAAUCUCCAACUACCAGGAUCUCCUCAUGUCGGUAGCCCGGCACCUGGAGCCAUGCAAGCACCCCAGAUGCAGCUCCAGCAGAGCCAGCAAGGAACAAGCUCCAGUGGCCCCAGCGCCAACACCUCACCUGCUGGGACGAAGAGGAGGCGACCUUCAGCCGUUAAGAACGAGGACGAAAACGCAGGCAAUGCCCCGACGCCGUCUGGAGCCGGCGGUGGUGGACAGGCCAACGGUAUCCAAACCAAGACAAAGCCCCCAACGCCCAGAAUGCAGAAGAGAGUCAAGGGCAAUCCAGCAUAG